GGAGCCGGAUCUCCUUCUCACUCACCCUUUUUAUAAUCCCUAAUUAUUCAGUUCUUGUCUAAGCAGACAAGAGCAACCAUUUAGAUAUCGAUAUGACUUCUCUGGUAGCAGACAUGUCUUCUUUUGACUUCACAUUUCCCUCCUGCGAGCCUGCCACUCCGCCGAGCUUCUCUUUUGACCCGUCCCUUCUUGAAUACUCUUUCAACCCCGGACAUGCUCGCUCCAGCUCGUAUGGCUCUAUUUACUCUACUGCCGAGACAUCGCCCUCCGACUCGGCCAGCACGCGCGUCACUACCCCGUCGCGCUCGCCGCCACCUAUCCGUCAGCAUGGUCCUAUCUUACUACCCAAGAUCCGCUCUCAGGACCAGGCUAUCGACUCGCCUCCCAAACGUGUUAAAAUCUCACCUUCUCCUACCCCCAAGCCCAACCGCAAGGGAACAUUUCGACCCACACAUGUUCGAAGUGCCACUAACCCAGAAACUUUGAACCACUACUCCAAUGCCUUCUUUUCAUCACCAGAAGAUCAAAAUGCGUUGUCUCAAUCAUUGUUGUGCUCACCCAUCACAUUCGCUCAAGACAACAUGGACAACUCGCGCCGUGCCUCCAGUGUCAACCUUGACGGCAACACUCUUGAAAGAUAUGGCUUUCCAACUUAUCGCCAAAUGCCAUCAUAUGUUUCUGCCAUGCCCCAGCUUCCAAGUGAACAGUUCAUGUACGGCUAUGCUCCCCGUGCUCCGUCCCCGUUGAGCUUGUCUUCCACACCUCCCCCUGACCCAACCCCGUCUACUACUUUGAUGAACUACCUUACCACAUCAAACCCUGCCCCUUCGUUGGUGCGCACAAUCUCGUACCCUCUGCGUGACCCUCAUACCAAGCACUUCUGGUGGGACGUACGUCAAAUUAGACCCUGGACCAACUUUAACUUGAACACAAUUCUCUCCCUUCCAGGGGCAUCUGGACUCCUCAACUGCCCGGUCCCGCAGCCGCUUCUCCCACAACCGGCCACUACCACGCGCCACCCGGAGACCGAGGCAGCCCUUCACAAUAUCUAUGCCUCUCACUACAUUCCUAAACUCAACUCAGCUCUCACAUUGUCUUCCCAGCGCCCAUUACAGUUGACAGUGCCUGUCAGCAAGGCUACAGCCACUUCACCUAACGACCACCUCUUCGUGGCUAACAUCGCUGGCGAGUCCUCGACCGCUGCCGCUAUAUUUGGUGGCAAGCCCACAGCCCGCGUUGUCGGACUAGUCAAAUCAUUCGACCGAUUCAACACAGGCAUGCGCGUAGAAGGAAACAUCAAGCGUGUCGAGUACCUGCGCGGACUGGCACAUCUCCACUACAUGAUGCGUGAACAUGGCACUCGCUACGGUUUCAUCCUGACGGAGAUCGAGCUCGUCGUGUGCCGCAAUGGCGCUGAAGGCACGCCACACUUCGGGUACAUGGAAGUUAGCAGCGUUCAGCUAGCCGCUACCGCCGACGCAGCCUCUGACAACGAUGAGCUACCCCUCACCGCCUGUCUCGCUCUCUGGGGUCUAUGCAUCAUGGCUAGCGAUGACGGUGUCAACUCCCACGGCCUAUGCGGCAACAACGUCUCCUGGAAAGCGGAGAUCGGUGCCCCGGCUGAAGGAACCCGACGAAAGGCACUCCCCAGAGACGACUGGAUGCCCCAGCCGCAACUCUCAGAGAAGCGUGAGGCAAAGCGCGCAAGAGGUUGGGUUUUGCCCGAGGACGCUAUUGGACGGAAGGAGUUGGGUAAGAGAGGUGUUCGGUAUAAUGGUUGUUAAUUCAUAGACAUUGUUUGUUCUGUCUAGCAGUCUUCUUU